AUGACAGGAGACGGCGUCCCUAUCUCGCUACUGGAUUGCGUGGUCGUGGUGGCAGGUGCCGUGAGCAUGGUGCCUGCCGUCACAUUGAGGUGUAAAAUGGAAGAUGGAACUUGGAACUUGGAAGGCGCCUACGGUGUCCCCUUCCACGAGACCCUUUGCUCGACGCAAUUGAUCACAUCCCAAACCGGCUCAACCCGUCAGGCCCUUUCACAAUCGACCACAUACCACGAGGGUAGUAGUCUCACCGUCAACUCCGCCCAUCGACUGCAACAGCAAGGCCUAGCAAAGCAACCGCGCUCUCCGCUUCCGCUUCCGCUACCGCAUCCACAUCACACCCUCUCCAUCAGCGAGUGCCGUGUCUUUCCUCCGCCUUCGACGCGAAGCCUGAAAACUGUUCAGUCUCAGCUUCUCACCCCCCGUCUUCGGUCAGCACUCCACUACCACCACAAACCCGACGCCUUGCUCGAGGGAAAUCUCGUCCCUGCCGCUCGUUCACGUACCGCACCCCUUGGCAAUUCGCAUCGCCCACGCAAACCACGUGUCAAUCAGCCUUUUUCGUUUUUCGCCUGCGUAUGCUGCUUCGAUAGCACACGGCUUUGCAUUUCCCUACUAAUCUUUGACGACACAUCCUUCAACGCCACCCUUGGAGCCAUCCCAUCUCUCAUCCGACAUCUCUCUACCACAACACCGCCAAACACAACCUCCCUCCUUCACACAACUGCCGGCCACGCCGCAAAGGCGACCUCGACGUCGCCGCAACUGCCCACCGCCGACGAGAAGCCUGCCACAAAGGCCGCUCGCCAGAACAGAUUGACCUCGCGACUUGCCUUCUUCAGAAGACCGCUGCGACUUCGCGGUAACUCGAGCAUCUCGGUGCCCCUCGGCGUCGUCAUCCUCUUCCCCUUGAUCGUCGUUAUCCUCAUCCUCGUGCUCUUCGUUAGACACCCGAGCUCGCCUGGAAGGAUAUUGAUGCCCGCAGGCGCCCCCCCUGCUAUCAGCGAAGAGCACGACAAGGUCUUCGUCACUGGAUGCCUCGAACCCGAUACGAGCAGACCCAAGGCUAACGGUGCAUUCGUCGUUCUGGCCCGCAACCAGGAGUUGGAAGGCGUCAUUCAAUCCAUCAAGUCCAUUGAGCGUCACUUCAACCGCUGGUACCACUACCCCUACGUCUUCCUGAACGAUGGCGACUUCAAUGAGACCUUCAAGGAGGUUGUCACCAACUACACCUCCGCUCCCGUUGAGUUUGGCAAGGUCGGUCCUGAGAUGUGGGGUUACCCUGACUGGAUCGACCACAAGGUCGCCAAGGAAGGCAUCGCGAAGCAGGGUGACGCCGCUGUCAUGUACGGUGGCUUGGAGAGCUACCACGCCAUGUGCCGAUUCUACUCUGGUUUCUUCUACAAGCACGAGCUCCUCGCCAAGUACAACUGGUACUGGCGUCUCGAGCCCGAGAUCAAGUACUUCUGCGACAUUACCUAUGAUCCUUUCUGGGCCAUGAUCGAUGCCAACAAGACCUACGGCUUCACCAUCGCUGUCAAGGAACUCCGCGAGACUGUCCCCAACAUCUUCAGAUACGCUUCCGCCUACAAGCGCCUGAAAGGCCUCAAGUCCAAGGGCUUGUGGGAGAUGUUCGUCGAUCCCGUCGAGAAGAAGGAAGAGCCGGUCACCGACCAGUCUCCCCUGCCCGAAGAAGUUCUCCGUGCCGACCCCAACCGCAACAACCUGCCCGAUAUCGAUCCCGAGGCUAUGGAAGGCGAGUCGUACAACAUGUGUCAUUUCUGGUCCAAUUUCGAAAUUGCUAGCCUUGACUGGUUCCGCGGCAAGGAGUACGAAGAGUUCUUCGAGAUGAUGGACCGCAGUGGAGGCUUCUGGAUGGAACGCUGGGGUGAUGCCCCCAUCCACUCCUUGGCAGCCGGCGCCCUCCUCUCCCCUCGCGACAUCCACUACUUCCGUGACUUUGGAUACCGACACACCACUAUCCAGCACUGCCCCGCCAAUGCGCCGGCCCGACAGCUGCCUAGACAGCCCUACCUCGAGACGACAACUCUUGACGAAAAGAAGCGCAUCGAGGAAGACAAGUACUGGGAAAACUGGGACGCUGAGAAGGAGAACGGUGUCGGAUGCAGAUGCCGAUGCGACACAGACAUUGUAGACGUCGAGGGCAAGGAGGGAUCGUGCCUUGCUGAAUGGGUCGAUCCAGCAUACGAGCGCUGGCACCAGUCACGGAGGAAACGACAUAAAAAGGAAUUGUAUAUUGAUGAAGCGGAGACGUCAGACUCUUUGUCUUCACAGAAGGGUGUCUCAUUAAUGUUGGCACGCAUGGGUGUAAUGGCAUUGCCAUUACAGGUCUUGCUCGAGUUCUUUGGGAGUUAA